UUCUCGCGCAUAGGGCGACGGACAUCGGCAGGGCCGGCCAAUCCAAGCGAAGGCAGGACAAUGGGGGGAAGUUUGGGGGCGCCCUCGUCGGCGAACGCGCAAGGAAAGAAGGCACAAAGGCCGGGCGCGCUACGCCGUCGCGACCAGCGCAAAAUCAGCGCGGCCCAAGCCGCACACGCCAGAGAAAAAGUCGCGCCGCCCAGUGUAUGUUGGCCGAGGCAGCCCCCGGCCGGGCCCGCCGCGCAUCACGGUGCUCACGUCGCUACCAAGUUGGACGGCGAGCCGCCCCAGCUUGGGAGACUGGAGAACGCUACGGACUUGCCCCAUAUUCUCCGGGCCUUGCGCGGCAGGCCUCCCUCGGCCCCAGCGGGCGGCAGCUCGCUGCCUAUGCCGUGCGAUAGCCGAACUGGUGCGCGAUUGGCCAGAUUUCUGGGCCAAAGUGCCAGCAUCGGAGAAGACGAAGAAGACGCGCGAGGAGAGCCGACCACAAAGCCUC